CGGUGGGAGCGCGCGCGCCUAUAUAUAUCCACGGCGCGCCGAGGCAUCGGCAUCGCAUCGGCGUCGGCGUCGGUGGAGCAGUCGCCGUAGUAGUCAGAUUGAUUCGAUGGAGGCGACGUCGUCGGUGUGGAACGGGCUCAACUCCGGCGUGGUGCUGAGCCUGAUCGCGGUGCUGUGGACGGUGGUGUGGCAGAACCUGCAGCGGCUGCAGCUGCAGACGCUGGUCGGCCGCCACAUGAGCCGCCACGCGCGGCGGCUGGCGGCGCUCGUCGACCCGUACCUGUCGGUGACCAUCGCCGAGCACGAGGGCGGGAGGAUGAAGCGGAGCGAGGCGUUCGAGGAGGUCAAGGCCUACCUCAGCGCGUCGUGCGCGCGCGACGUGCGCCACCUCCGCGCCGAGGGCGCCAAGGACGCCGACAAGCUCGUGCUCAGCAUGGUUGACGGCGAGGAGGUCGCGGACGUCGCGUCCGAGGACGGCGGCGGCGUCACCGUGUGGUGGUGGGCGUACUCCACGCCGCCGCCGCGCGACGGCGGCGGCGGCGGGUACUACGGCUGGGGCGGCGGGCGCGCGCAGGAGAACCGGCGGUACUACCGCCUCUUCUUCCUCGAGCGCCACCGCGACCUCGUCAUCAACACCUACCUCCCGCGCGUCCGCCGCCGGGGCCGCGCCGUCAUGGUGCAGAACCGGCAGCGGAAGCUCUUCACCAACAUCUCCACCCACAGCUGGAGCGACGCCGACGGGCUCGUCCGGUCGGCGUGGAGCCACGUCGUGUUCGAGCACCCCAAGACGUUCGACACGCUCGCCAUGGACCCGGCCAAGAAGAAGGAGAUCCUGGACGACCUCACCAUGUUCAAGAACGGCAAGGAGUACUAUGCGCGCGUCGGGAAGGCGUGGAAGCGCGGUUACCUCCUGUACGGCCCGCCGGGGACGGGCAAGUCGGCCAUGAUCGCCGCCAUGGCCAACUACCUCGACUACGACAUCUACGACAUCGAGCUCACCUCGGUCCACUCCAACACCGACCUCCGCAAGCUGUUCAUCGAGACGACGAGCAAGUCCAUCAUCGUGAUCGAGGACAUCGACUGCUCCCUCGACCUCACCGGCGCGCGCAAGAAGAAGGAGGCGGCCGCCGACGACGACAAGAAGGACGGCCCCCCCAAGCCGCCGGACAUGAAGAAGGACACCAGCAGCAAGGUCACCCUCUCCGGCCUGCUCAACUUCAUCGACGGCCUCUGGUCGGCGUGCGGCGGCGAGCGCCUCAUCGUCUUCACCACCAACCACGUCAAGAAGCUGGACCCGGCGCUGAUCCGCCGUGGCCGGAUGGACAAGCACAUCGAGAUGUCCUACUGCUGCUUCGAGGCCUUCAAAUUCUUGGCCAAGACAUACCUCGAGGUCGACUCCCAUGGCCUGUUCCCCGCCGUCAAGAAGCUCCUGUCGGAGGUCGACAUGACGCCGGCGGACGUCGCCGAGAACCUGACACCCAAGAGCUUGGAAGACAAUGCCGACUCGUGCCUCGCAGCGUUAGUGAAGGAACUGGAGAAGCUCAAGGAGGAUAAGGCAAACGGAAGAAAUGGCCAAGGCGGCGGCGAUGACGACGACGACGACGACGAAGAGGACAAUGCGCAAGCGGCCGAGAAGGACAAGUAGGGCCGCCAUUGGCGCCUUGCUGGAGUGGUUGCUAGCAUCUCAUUUUUCUAGUCCAAAUAGCUAAUGAUCUCUAAUAUAGACUAAGUAAUUUUAAUUUUAUUUUCAUUGUUGAAUGUUUAAUUA